AAGGGACAGCUGUGUUUCUCCUCCAGAAGCAUCCCUUUCACGCUCCUCUCUGCUGCUAACGGCGAGUUCACGUCUCAUAGCCGGAACUGUAGCCGUCCCCCGCGGGACCGGAGUGUGUGCGGAGCUCAUAACGAACUGCGCGAGGAGGUUCCAUCCGUCGGUCCCGUUGUUCCUGUCCUGCACCGGGAACCAGUGCGAGUCCUGGAUAACGGAGGACGUCUUCCUAGAGAUGGACGCAGAGCUGCACAGCCUGACUGAAAUGUGAAGGCAACAGGACAGAAGCUAUGGGUAGCUCCCUCCUCCUGUUGGCCAGUGUGGUGUCCACUCUGGGCGGCCUGGUCUUUGGUUACGAGCUGGGCAUCAUCUCAGGUGCUCUGCUGCUGCUCAAGGCCGAGUUCGGACUCUCGUGUGUCCAGCAGGAGGCUCUGGUCAGCUCUCUGUUGAUAGGAGCUCUGCUGGCCUCCAUCGUGGGCGGCUGCUUGAUCGACCACCGUGGCCGCAGGAACUCCAUCCUCCUCAGCAACGUCUUGAUCUUGACCGGCAGCCUGGUCCUCCUCAUCGGCUCCUACUCGGCACUAGUGGUGGGCAGGAUGACGGUGGGCUUCGCCAUGUGUAUAUCCUCCAUGUCCUGCUGCAUCUUCGUGUCUGAGAUGGUUACCCCGGAUCGUAGGGGCUUCCUGGUAACGCUGUAUGAAGCCGGGAUCACCUUGGGAAUCCUGGCAGCCUACGCCAUGAACUACAUCCUGUCGGAAUCUCAAAGAGGAUGGAAGUGGAUGUUCGGAUUAGCUAUCGUACCAACUACGAUUCAGUUGGUCUCCAUCUGGUUCCUCCCAUCCAGCACCGAGGAAUCUUCAAGACCAAAUUAUUCUUUCAAAACUGAAAGCGACGUGAUGAAUUCGGUCGAAGCAGAUGACUCACAAGUCGACUCCGGCAUGGAAAGCCAGAAGGUUCGGUACAACAGCAUGUGCCUUUUCCAACGCAAAGACAACAUGAGGACUCGGACAGUCAUCGGCCUCGGACUGGUCCUCUUUCAGCAGUUCACGGGCCAGCCGAAUGUCCUCCUGUACGCCUCCACCAUCUUCCACUCGGUGGGCUUUCAGAGCAACGCCUCGGCGGUGCUGGCGUCCGUGGGCUUGGGGUUCGUCAAAGUGGUCGUGACUCUGAUCUCCAUGGUGUUUUCGGACCGGGUGGGGCGGAGGCCUCUGCUCAUCGGCGGCUGCUCCGUGAUGGCGGUGUGUCUGAUAACCAUUGGACUCCUCAGUGGACGUUCAUCGAUGAAUGCCAAGAGGCCUUGUGAUUCUGAGGACUUCAACGUCAACAGAACUUAUCUGCAUCAUCUAACUGUUAGUAAUCGGUCCGUUGUUGACGCGCCUUUACACAACAGCCAGAGGCUCCUCUAUAACGACACACAAGAUGAAGUUGGACAGAAGCAACCGGACGACCCUCUGGCACCUCCUCCGAGCGUCCAGAGCACGGUCGAGAACUGGAUCAUUCUUGUGUGUAUGAUGGCUGUUGUCAGUGCAUACUCCAUUGGAUUUGGACCAAUGACCUGGCUUCUCCUGAGUGAAAUAUUUCCAGCCGCGAUCAGAGGAAGGGCCUUCGCAUUCACCAACUGCUUCAACUGGGCUGCCAACCUGCUGGUCACAUUCACCUUCUUGGAUUUUAUCGGUGCGAUUGGUCUGUCGGGGAUGUUUCUCCUCUACGGGUUGACCGCUGUGGCCGCUGUGGUUUUCUUCUACUUCAUGCUACCGGAGACCAAAGGGAAGACUCUGGAGGAGAUAGACGAGGAGCUCCGUUUAAACAAGUUUUACCAAGUCGAGGCGUGCUGCUGCAUAAACAGAUGGAGAAACCCUUCCCCACAUUACCAGAGAGUGCAAUGAGUCAGCACCUCAGGAUGUGAUUGUGUACUGAACCACCAACUUGGCAGUGAUUGGGACCCGUCUUAGGGCGCAGUCAUUCCCACAGACUGGGUCAGAGCCGAUCCCAGCCGACACCGGGCGAAGACGGGGUUUAAUCUUUAUCGGAGAACCCAGAGAGAACCCACGAUGACAGAGGGAGAACAUGCUAACUCCACACCGAAGAGCCGGUCCAGGAAAGGAACCCGGGCCCCCUUAAUGUGCCAACCGCUGCCCUCUCACCCUGAGUGAGGCUAAUCAGUUGAAUUGGAUGCAUUAUUAUCUCAAAUGUGUCAAUAAUGUCAGUCAUCUCAAAGUGAAAUGCCAUUAAGGCAUGCGGUGAGCAAUGAAGGGCUGGUCACAAAAUUAUUUCUGCCAACUUUUACAUCAGUGGUGCAGUAAAGACUUCCACAAAGGAUACACUGGAAUUUCCUCCCUCCUCCCUCCUCGUGGUGGAAUGAAGUGAUUGGAAGAUACUCUGCGCUUUCCGGGUCAAGCGAGGAAGCACAAGUUUGCAUAUUGUAAUAUGUGGAAGUCUUUACAGCGCUCCUUCACUUCGAGAUAAUCACUCGACAAAAUCAAGACCGUUUGCUGUCCUGGCUCCUCAGCAGUGGAACGAGCGCCCCACUGACAUCAGGAAGUCUCUACAUCUUCCGCCGGAAACUAAAAACACAUCUUUUCUGACGAUCUUAAAUAAAAACAGAUCAACACUU